UAGGUUGCGGCGCGGGCGGCCGGGCGGAGCUGGUCCCGUUGUGCUGCGGCUCCGCGCGGCCUGCAGUCCCGGGCCCGCGCCCCGCGCCGCCCGCCCUCCCUCGCGCCAUGGAGCCCGGCCUCGACGGCCCCGCCGCCUCCGGCGCCGCUGCCAUCCGCGAGGGCUGGUUCCGCGAGACGUGCAGCCUGUGGCCCGGCCAGGCCCUGUCUCUGCAGGUGGAGCAGCUGCUCCACCAUCAACGCUCGCGGUACCAGGAUAUCCUCGUCUUCCGCAGCAAGAGCUACGGUAACGUGCUGGUGUUGGACGGCGUCAUCCAGUGCACAGAGAGGGAUGAGUUUUCCUACCAGGAGAUGAUCGCCAACCUGCCCCUCUACAGCCACCCGAACCCACGCAAGGUGCUGAUCAUCGGAGGCGGGGAUGGGGGUGUCCUGCGGGAGGUGGUCAAGCAUGCCUCCGUGGAGUCGGUGGUCCAGUGCGAGAUUGACGAGGACGUCAUUCAAGUCUCUAAGAAGUUCCUGCCGGGCAUGGCCAUUGGCUACUCUAGCUCAAAGCUGACCCUACACGUGGGUGAUGGUUUUGAGUUCAUGAAACAGAACCAGGACGCCUUUGACGUCAUCAUCACUGACUCCUCAGACCCCAUGGGCCCUGCGGAGAGUCUGUUCAAGGAGUCCUACUACCAGCUCAUGAAGACCGCCCUCAAGGAGGACGGCAUCCUCUGCUGCCAGGGUGAGUGCCAGUGGCUGCACCUGGACCUCAUCAAGGAGAUGCGGCACUUCUGCAAGUCGCUCUUUCCCGUAGUGGACUACGCCUACUGCACCAUCCCCACCUACCCCAGUGGCCAGAUUGGCUUCAUGCUGUGCAGCAAAAACCCAAGCACCAACUUCCGGGAACCCGUGCAGCAGCUGACACAGAAGCAAGUGGAAGAGAUGCAGCUGAAAUACUACAACUCCAACGUGCACCAGGCAGCCUUCAUCCUGCCUGAGUUUGCCCGGAAGGCCCUGAAUGAUGUGAGCUGAGCCCAGGUGCCGCUGCCCAUGCUGCCCAGGACCUCGGCCAGGGAGCCUCCGGGGCGCCUGGGCCCCGCCAGCCUUGGACAAGACCCCCCGCUGGCUCGCCCACCAGCUGAGUGUUACAGGCCCCAGAACGCUGCCUGGCCGGCCCUGCUGGGCGGACUGUCUGUCUUCCUGUGUGUGGCGUUCAGCCUCCAAGCCUAUACCAGCUGUGUACAGCAACAUCCCCACCUUCUGCCGCCCCUCACUCACCAAACACGUGUAUUUAUAACAAAGUUCUGAAUCGUGUGUCCCUGGACUUCGAAUGGGCCCGGGCAGGGGCUGCAUCAGCCAUUAAAGGGUCCCCUGUGUGCCAGACCCUGAGCCAGCCCCGCGGUCCCACGUCCCCGUGUGAGCUGCAGGAGUCGGCAAGCCUGCCUCCCUGUGUAACCUCGGACUGGCCCCUUGAGCUCUGUGGUACCCAGGGACGCAACAGUCAUCAAACUGGACCCAAGUCUGUCCUGAGUCAUUCCUUCACCAAGCUCCACACAAGGUUGGUGGUGAUGGG